AUGGAUCAACCCAUAAAUUUAAUUUCCGCGCUACUUCAAACCACUCUCAACGAGUCGAUCCGCGAUACUCUCAAUACUUCUCGGCCCCUCAUCACUCAUCUCAAUGCAGACACUACAUGGCUUCUUUCGAUACCCUACCCUGAAACGGCUGAAAACUCGUGCAACAAAGCAUAUUAUCAUAUAUUAAUGGAUCCAUGGUUACGCGGUGGUCAAAGUGACGUUGCCGCCUUCUUCAGUCAACAAUGGCAUGCCAACCCCAGCGCAGUGCAAAGUAUCGCAGAGAUUGAGGAUUUCAUCGAGAGUGUUGAGAAAGUUGCGCAUAAAAAAGAAGAUGUGGGCAAUGGAAGCUGGAUUGAUGCAGUAGUAGUGAGCCAUGAAUUCACAGACCACAUGCACAAGGAAACUUUACUCGAAAUUCCAAAUACAAUUCCGGUAUUUGCGACUUCGAAAGCUGUUGCAGCGAUAACGUCGUGGGCACAUUUUGACCACGUGGAAGAAAUACUUAGGUUUGAUGGUGAUUGGAAAGAAUCUUCUGCAGUGUAUCUACCAGAUUGGGUGGGUAUAUCGAGAGUUGCGAAAGCGGGUGUGGAUUUACUCUAUUACCAUUCUGCUAUCAUGAUUACAUUCUCGACGUUCUCGGAGAGGAAUACUUUAGAUGAACUUUCGAACGAUAAUAUACCUGAAGCUGUGAUAUAUACACCUCAUGGAAUCGACCCUGGAGAUCUUACACUGGUGGGAAAAGCUCAUCCAUCUAUUCGAACCCUCGCGUUACUACAUGGAUUGCAGGACAUUUCGUUACCUCGAGCACAAUUGAAUAAAGGGGCACACAAUGGAUUGAAGGUUCAAAGGUUGUUGAAUGCGAAGUACUGGGUUGGUACGCAUGAUGAGGUCAAGGUGGGUGGAGGAAUCGUGAGCUGGUUUCUGAAUCGUAAAGCUGUGACGCUGAAGGAAGCGUUGGAGAGAGAAGCCGAGGAGAAUGGCGAGAGUGGUGAUGUAGAAAAGGUAGGGGAUAUUAAAUUUUUGGAAGUGGGAAAUGGCGAGAGUUUAAUUUUGAUUGAAAAGUUCUCACGAAAAGUUCUUGCCCUACUAUUGAACAUGCCUCCUCCUCCAUGUUGGCGACCGCAAAUACCUCGUACUGAGCUUGCGAACAUAUACGGCCAUCUCCGUAGGCCAGUACUUCAAGGUGUUAUACCAUUGAAGAGCGGCCUCACACCAGUAACUUUGAAACCGCAUUCUACCGAUCAUGAGAGAAAAUUCGCGGAUGAUGUGCGCUGGCUACAGAGACUUUGCUACGGAAAUUUUACCGCUGCAGAGUUGGAGAGGUUAGAUGCCUUGGCACCACUUUACCACAUCUACGAAGACGAAACUGCGAUUAACCCAAAUGCUGACAUUACCAUCCAUCCUGUAAUGCAAAGAAAAAAGUGGGAUUACCCGAUGCCCAAACAGUUAGCUGACUUUCCUUUGGGAGGAGACUUGGAUGGGUACUGGAAUGCUUGUACAGACGACACUGUGUGGGAAGCCAUACUUCCAUCGAUUCGAAUAGCAAGCUUGUAUAUCUCGCAUGCGGAUUUGUGGCCAUGGUUUGAUGGUCUGCUUGCCGCCGAGUGGACUGGAAUUCCACAGGCGGAGGUCCCCUUUACACUAUUUAGUCCACUUGGAGGCUGGAAACGAUUCAGUACUAGAGACCCUCUGGUAUAUGGAACUGAAAGCGGUAAAAGAAACGUCCGAAACGAAAUAUUGAAGCAUUCUAAGAAUAUAUAUUUCCGUCUAAUAAGCUCUUUUACCGAUCCAGCAAACGGUGUUCUAGCAGUAGAUCACAAAAUGGGAAGUAUUGCUGGACAAACUUUAACCAGUAAAAUAAACAAUGAUUCGGUUGUGACCAUUAGUUUCCAUCCCCUCGCGGCUUUGCUUCCUGGAAGUGUGGAAAAAUUGAACACUGCAGAAAGACGUUUGGUCCAAGGAGAAGUUGCCAAGACUAUCAUACAUGAGCUUGGUCACGCCCUCUUUCAGCAAACAUACAAAGCCUAUUUGCCCAACCAUAAUGGCAGUGAGAUCUACUUUCAUCAGGAAGUAAUUUCGGAAAUGGGGAUAUCGGUAUUUGGCGGGACUACUCGGGCUCUUCGUGAGCCACUAGAGGAUUCGCUGCUCGAUUUGGUCUGUAUGGCCCUUGGCAGAAAAAGCAGUGAUAUAAACAACGCCGGCACUCAAGGUAAUGAAGGGAACCCAGUCCUAUUCAGAAAGCCACCGUGGAUAUGGGAAGCAAAAGCAGAUUCGAAUCCUUUGUUAGGAAGUGAGUCCAAUUUACUUUUCCUCCAAAGUUGCUACUAUGAGCGAAAAACUGAGAUCAACAGUUAUGGAACACAGACUGUGAAAUAUAAAAAGGUUACAGGUCAAGAAUUUGAUCUCAAGAAAGACGGUAGGAGAUUCGCUAUUUCAAGGGAGCCAUUUACCGAGUUUGAGGGUAUACCAACCAAUAAUCAACAUACCGGGCUAAGGUCGGACAGAUUGGAUACUUUAGAGCCCCCUCGCAAACGACGGAGGGUUUCAAUCGCCCCAGCCGCCGUUGUGCGAAGGGCUCGUAGUUUCCGAGGGCCAAGGCCCAACCAGGAAAUAAAACCACAAAUUGACACGCUUUCUGAGUUCAAAGCUCGAGAUUUACCGCCAUGUCCUCGGUUCGAUGAGAUUAGCGCGUAUUUAAUCGACAAUCGUCGACAGUUGGCCCUGCACACAAUGUGUUUCGCCAUGCCUGAGCACACCUUGCGUGAUUACGUUUUGCGACUUGGUGGGCUGAAAAUUAGUGCCCAAGAAUGGCGUGCGUAUCUUCUUCAUUGCGAAGCCGUCCCAUAUCUCUUCAGGUUCCAGCCGCAUGGAAGAAUUCGUGACACCUCGACUUAUCGUGGCUCUAUCCAACUCCAUGCUUCAAGCUGGCCAAAGACGGAUCUUCCACCCUUCAAGUUAAUAAGUCCAGGGGAUGAACCUUUUAUGAGGAAACUCGUCAAAGGUUUGAAACUUUGUAUCGCGAUUGACAUGCUCUCCAAAAAAUACGCCGAAUUUUUAGAUCAGAUGUGGCUACAUUCUAUCUUCUGGGACGUCGACAUUGACAAAUUCCUUGCCGUGUUCAACGCCGAUUUCAAACAGGGUGAUGGAAUAGCGAGCAAGAUUGGACUAGGUUUGAUGUCCAAAGAAGAACUUGAAGAUUUAGUGCAGGUUGUGGCAUCUACUCGAUCAUUACUUACUUGGGCUCCAACGGGUAUCAUCCGACGCUUACCACUAACUACUACGGAAUUGAAAGAAGUCACCAGUGGAGACACAAGCAUAAGAGACAUUAUUCUGCCCAAAGGUCGAUCACUGAUUGAUUGGGAUGCGGGAUAUGAAGCUUUGUGUGAGUGGGACAACGUGGAGAUGGAAACUGAUCUGGAAACGCUGGCCGACGCGGACACGGGCAUCACGUAUGCUGACGGGCGACACGAAAGCGAAAAUGAAUACGCGGCGCGCACAGAACCACCGCCAGUCAAGACGCAAGCGCAGUUGGAAGAAGAAGAGUUUGAGCAUCAAAUUCAUGCGCUGGACGGAUCGAUUGUGGCGUAUCGCGCGGCGCAUCCGGAUGCCGCUGACGAGGAAAUUUUUGAAAAGUCGUUUUGGGAGAUGUGGAAGGGGUUUCAUCCUGAGGGCACCCGAGAGGACGCGCAGGAUGAAUUCGACGAGUGUCUGGUGCAUCUCAAAUCGAUCGAAGAUGGUGGUGCAGAGGGAUCUUCGGAAAUAAAUGUGGAUGAUAUAAUGGAUGCAAUGGCGGAAAAUGGACAGUGUCUUAACAUGUGA